AUGGCUACCACUGUAGGUUUCCCGUGUGCUUACUGUGGCAAAAAUGCCACUAGAGUCUGUGAGCAUUGCGAUGAAGCCCCGGAGAUGCACCCAGAUGAUGCCAAGAAGACCUACUAUUGCGAUGCAGUUUGCCAGGAGUACAAUCGGCCAACUCACGAGGCCAAAUGUGACCAUCUAAAGGCCCGAAAGACACUCAUACGAGCCGCUACGGUGAUGAAGGCCGCUUUGACAACUUAUCGAACUCGCACGUACAACUUGCCCCUGAAGCGCAUCGAUCACAACGAUGAUGUUAUCACGAUUGUCAAGAACUACGAUAUCGCCUACAAGCACGUGAACAACGCGGCGUUUCCCGAACAUUUGGUCAGAGACACCAAUAUUAGAGAUGCCGUCUUGAUGAAGUACCAAUGUGACUUCGCCGCCAACACUUUUGGCCAUUUUAUCGGCCGUAUUCUCGAGGGAUUGGCCGCCAUACGAAUAUACUCGAUGGACGUGACGGUGUACCCGGCCAUCAAAGUGCAGGUAUAUGGCGAUGACCCACGCCGAGUGCCACCCGUCCACGCAGUCCUCGGCGUUAAGUUCACCAGCAACCGCGAGCGAUGGGUGAUCGACCUCGCCGGCGCGCAGUUCGGAUUCCCCGAAAUCGUCGUCCCCUAUGCCGAUUACCUCGGCACCCGAGUCCGCGAGAUCGUCAGCCAACCCCAGCCGUUCCAGCGCCAAUCGAUGGAGGACCAGUGCCAAUUGUCAGAAGAGGACUUAGUCGAUAUGCACAGACCCAAGAUCCGACGAUUCGCAGAGGAGCGCGCCUGCCGCGACUGGUUUGAACGCCUCUUCGAGGACGAGGUUGUCGCAGCCGCCCCGCACGAGUUCCUCCUCCUCCGAGAGCGAUUCUUCAAGGAAAAGCUCCGAGGUUUCCUCGAUGACCUGGACGAAGGUAUGGGGAACCGCGUUCUUUCUCUGUGUCGCGGCGAGCUAUUGGGUGAGCUUGUUGAGUCGGUUGACACUGAAUCGCUCGAGGCGUGGGAUAUGUCGCACCGUGAGAGGGAAGUUGAUGAGUAUGAAUUGUCAACUUACGUCCUCUACGAGUACGUAUUAGAUGAUACAGAUUGGGUUACAGAGUCUGUUGGCUGA